CUUACUUUUCAAAACCGUGAUAUUCAGGACACAGACUCAGUGGUCACUGAAAAAGAUCACUUAAUGGCAUUUAACCUUGCCAAGAGUGUCUGCCUUCCAGCAGACAUGGAGCACCACCAGCACCUGACUGAACUAAGGGCCAUUCGUUCGGCCACGAAGUCCAUGGUGCUUGCUAUGCAGAAGAGCCAUAUCGCUCACAAGCGAGUGCUUGAACUUCGCAAGACUACAAGGCAAGCGCUGGCCGAAGUGACAGAAAAAACUGCAGAGCUAGAAGAGGCUAGGAAGCAGCUAGCCGAGCUAAAAUCCGAGAACGGUCGUCUGGCCGGUCUUGUUAGCGCGGUUGAAGCAGAAAAACAAAAAGCUACAGCCUUGAUCAAAGACAAAUAUCUGCGUGAGCUAGCCAAGCUCGAAGGUAAGAAAAACGCAGAGAUCGCCGAGCUAAAGAAAAAGGCGGCUAAUGCAAAUGCUGAAGGUUUCAAGGAGGGGGAGGCCCUCUACAUGCGACAAUGUGAGGCUGCUAAAGAUCUUUUCUUUAAAUGCGGUUGGAGGGCAGCCGUGGUGCAGCUCGGUUGUGGACCUGAGACCGAGGUCUACAAUCCUCCUCAGUACUUCAUACCGAGCUCACUGGCGGAGUAUGCUGCAUCCGUCCAACAACAGUUUCUUGAGGGUUCAGAUGAUGAUGAAGACACCGAGACCAAUAAUACCCCGGUCGUCAAUGAUCAGGCCAACGAUCAAUCAGCUCAGUUGGAGCCAACGGUUGAAGACCUGAUGGCUGAAACCGUGCUUCCAAUAGACACCGAGCUCCCAACCACGAUCGAUCUAUUCUCUGAAACCGGUCUUCGUGUUGACAUUGAUGCUGAUCUUGAUGAUCUGUUCAACUGA